CCGGUCGCUGCAUCGCGUCGCACGCAGGUCGCAGCUCGCUGUUCGUGGAGAAGGGGAUGGCUUCUCCGUCAAGCUUCCGUCCGCAGGCGCGGUCACGAGGAAGCUGGUGCUCGGCUUAAGGAGGGCUGGCCGGCCCAGCAAGAAGAUGCUAGCGCUGCGCAAGCUCAAGGCGCAGCAGCUGACGCGCGUCGAGGGGAAGCCGCUGCACGCGUACAAGCCGGCCGAGCUCGCCGGAGACUGGGAGGAGGAGGACCUCGAGGCUCCCCGGCUGCUCAAGGUCGACUUUGUGGACGACUACGAUGAGGAUGCGAUCUGGGCGAACGGCGCCAGCGUGAUAUCUGUCGGAGCGCAGCAGCUCAGCGAAGUCUGCUACCUGUGCGGCUGCGACGGAGAGGAGGAGUUUGUCUACUGCACCGUGUGCUCGGAGCCGUUCCACGACUUCUGUAUUGACGAGGAUGAGAGACCGACGGCGGCGACGUGGCAAACCUGGAUCUGCCCCAAGUGCCUCUACUGCGAGGUGUGCGGCCAGCAGGAAAACAACGCAGUGGAGCUGGCAGACCUGACUCCGUUGGAACCUACCGUCUCCUUCUCUGGGGUGGGUCACAAGGAUCGGGGCGUCGCCGCCCCACACCUUACCGCCCUCUAUCCCGCCGACCCGCCCUCCUACGCGAGCGCGGGGGCAGGUCACGCGGGGUCGUGCCCACCAGGACGCGCCACCAGCCGCGACGACCACCAGAGCGCGCUGACGCCCGUCACGGUCGAGCCGGUGGCCGGCGCUCUUCUGCCCGUAGCCGUUCACUUGUUUAUGGAGGAGGCGGCGGCGGCGACGACGAGCCGAAACACUGAGGCUGGCGGACGCGUCGCCACGGUUACGGCGGAGGCGGGGUCAGGGUUCACGGAGCUGCGGGGAGCGAAGAUCGGCAAGGCGGAGAUCGUCAUCGAAGACGAGGAUUUACAGUGGGCACACCAGCUACUGCAGUGUCACAAAUGCAAGAACAUGUACCACGCUGCGUGCCUAGGCAAACACUACCCAAGAAAACCUUCCAAACACCAAAACAUAUGGGCGCAGCAGCUGACGCGCGUCGAGGGGAAGCCGCUGCACGCGUACAAGCCGGCCGAGCUCGCCGGAGACUGGGAGGAGGAGGACCUCGAGGCUCCCCGGUUGCUCAAGGUCGACUUUGUGGACGACUACGAUGAGGAUGCGAUCUGGGCGAACGGCGCCAGUGUGAUAUCUGUCGGAGCGCAGCAGCUCAGCGAAGUCUGCUACCUGUGCGGCUGCGACGGAGAGGAGGAGCUGCCAAGUAACUACUGCCCCGUGUGCAAGCAAUGCUACGAGGACGACGACUACGACUGCGAGAUGGUGGAAUGCUCCGUCUGCCUGCGCUGGCUGCACGCCACCUGUGAAGACAUGACAAGUGAGAUGUACCACUGUCUGUCACACCUGCCGGAGGAUGUGCUCUACAACUGCAACGCGUGCACGCUUCAGCGUCCGGCCGCCUGGCAGACGGCCCUCGACGCGUACCUGCAGAACGGACUCGUUAGCGUUAUCACGCACCUGAUGAACAUGAAGUCUGCGCAGCAUCUCUUACAGGUAAGCUAGUGGCGAGGUGUGAGACAGGUAGCAUCUCUUACAGGUAAGCUAGUGGCGAGGUGUGAGACAGGUAGCAUCUCUUACAGGUAAGCUAGUGGUGAGGUGUGAGACAGGU